AUGGUUACCUCUAAACGAGCGUACAACUGGUACGUCUCGCUCGUUGCCGCAUCAUGCAUGGUGCUCUAUGGAUACGAUGCCUCUGUAUUCAAUGCCGUGCAAGGCUCGAAGAACUGGGUUGCCUACUUCAACCAUCCUGGCCCCAACAUCAUCGGAGCGAUCAACACUGCCUAUACGGUCGGAGCUGUGGUGGCUGGAUUCUUCUUGGGUGGCCCUCUUGCUGAUUUCGCCGGACGCCGAGUUGGCAUGGCGACUGGCUCGGUCCUUGUCAUUAUCGCUACAUUGAUGCAGACUUUCAGCCCACGCGGGAACAUUGGAUGCUUCAUUGCUGGACGUGUUAUCAUUGGUUUAGGUCAGGGUCUUGCUCUGACUGCUGGUCCCAUCUACAUCGGUGAAAUGGCACCUGCAGAGAUUCGAGGAAAGAUCAUGUCCUUCUGGCAAAUGUUCUACUCUGUCGGCUCCUUCAUUGCGUACUGGGUCAACUACGCCUGCACCAAAUACCCCAAGCACCUCGGCGAAUGGGACUGGAGGAUGGUUAUCAUAUUCCAGCUCCUCGUUCCUAUUCUUAUCCUUUCGCAAAUCUUCUUCAUCCCGGAGUCUCCCCGAUGGUACAUCCAGAAAGGCAAACGCUACGACCAAGCCCGCAAUUCUCUGCUCCGAGUUCGUGACUCUGAGCAGGAGGUUGACGACGAGAUCCUGACAAUCAGAGAAGCCCUUGAAUUUGAGGCCGAGGCUAUCUCCAGUGGCUACUCCGCGUUGUGGAAGGACAAGAGUGUUCGCAAGCGAAUGUACAUUGCGAUGAUUGUCAACGCCGGUCAGCAGAUCACAGGACAGGGAACUUUCAACUCAUACUCUACGAUCAUCUACAAGAAGGUCUUCAAGAGUGCCGACACAAUUGCUCUUAUUAACGCGUUGAACGCAACUUGCGCUAUCUUCUUCACCCUCAAUGCCACCUGGACAGUCGAUCGCUUCGGCCGCAAAUUUUUGUUCAUCCUUGGUGGCAUCGGUAUGGGUAUUUGUAUGAUCAUCACCGCAACCGUUGAAACACAAACCCCAUCGGUCGACGGGGCCAAGACACAGCCAGUUGCCAUCGCAAUUGUAUUCAUGAUGUUCCUCUUCGCCUUCUUUUACAAGCCUUCUUGGGGCGCUACCGUCUGGAUCUUCACCGCCGAGAUUUUCUCCAUGAACGUUCGUGCCCAGGCUGUCGGCAUGUGCUCGCAGACCCAAAACGUGGCAAACUCGAUUUUCCAGCAAUUCUUCCCUCUUUUCCUGGAAAGGGAGGGUUUCUACGCCUUCUACAUGUUCGCUGGCAUCAACUUUCUACUAGCUGCUUUUGUCUGGUUCUUCGUGCCAGAAACCAAGAACGUGAGUCUGGAGGAGAUGGACACAAAGUUCGGUGGUGCCAAUCACGUCGAGGGCGGCGCUGAGAUUGAGCAUAAAGACGUGGACAGACAAGCAAGCAUCUCGAUCAACCCUGACGAGAAGACCAUUACUGAGAGGAGGAAUUAG